AUGGAUUCCCUCAGCACAGCAGAUGUUGAAUUUUGCCUUGAUAUGUUCAAAGAGCUGAACAGUAACAACGCAGGAGAUAACAUCUUCUUUUCCCCACUGAGUCUGCUUUAUGCUCUAAGUAUGAUCCUCCUUGGCGCCAGAGGAAACAGUGCAGAGCAGAUAGAAAAGGUGCUUCACUUUAAUCAUACUGCAGAAUCAUUAAAACCAAAGUUUAAGGGCUCAUCUAAGUGCAGCCAAACUGGAAAGAUUCAUUCAGAGCUUAGAGUCCUAUUCUCUCAAAUCAACCAGCCAGACUCCACCUACACCCUCAGCAUUGCCAACAGACUCUACGGGACAAAGGCGAUGGCAUUCCAUCAGCAAUAUUUAAGCUGUUCUGAAAAAUUGUAUCAAACCAGGCUGCAAACUGUUGAUUUUGAACAGUCUACGGAGGAAACGAGGAAGACUAUUAAUGCUUGGGUGGAAAGUAAAACUAAUGGAAAAAUCACAAACCUCUUUGGAAAGGGCACAAUUGACCCUUCUUGUGUGAUGGUCCUGGUGAAUGCCAUAUAUUUCAAAGGACAAUGGCAAAAUAAAUUUCAGGAAAGAGGAACGGUUAAAACCCCUUUUCAGCUAAGUGAGAGUAAAAGCGUAAUUGUGGAAAUGAUGUAUCAAACUGGAACAUUUAAAUUGGCCUUCAUAAAGGAGCCGCAGAUGCAAGUCCUUGAGCUGCCGUAUGUGAACAACAAACUAAGCAUGAUUAUUCUGCUUCCAGUAGGCACGGCUAAUCUAGAACAGAUAGAAAAGCAGCUGAAUGUGAAGACAUUUCAUGAGUGGACCAGCUCUUCUCACAUGAUGGAAAGGGAAGUUGAAGUCCAUAUCCCCCGAUUCAAGCUGGAAAUCAAGUAUGAGCUAAAUUCCCUGUUAAAAUCCCUUGGGAUGACAGAUAUCUUCAACCAGAUCAAAGCUGAUCUUUCUGGAAUAUCACCAGACAAGGGCCUGUAUUUAUCAAAAGUCAUCCAUAAGUCGUAUGUGGAUGUCAACGAAGAGGGCACCGAGGCAGCAGCAGCCACUGGGGACAGCUUCGUCGUAAAAAGACUCCCCAUCCGAGCGCAGUUCAUGGCGAACCACCCCUUCCUGUUCUUCAUAAGGCACAUUCCAACCAACAUGAUUCUCUUCUGUGGCAAGCUCGCCUCUCCCUAA